AUCUGAAAAAGCCGCCUAACAAAACUUAAUACUCAUGUCAUGGGUUUCUUAACUUUUUAUUACUUUAAGUAGGUAAAUAAGUUGGAAUUGCCUAGUGCGUCUAAACAAUAAAUAAAUCUAAUCAUGCAUUAUGUUCAAAAGUAUCUUGAAAAACUACCAAUACCGAAAGGAAGUGCGAAAUCCGUUAAUAAUGGAACUAAUAUCUUCCUAUACUGUAACUACUACAGCUUUUAUUCUCAAAAGGUGUUAAUGGCGUUAUAUGAAAAAAAUGUAGAGUUUGAACCACUAUUACUUGAUAUCACCAAAGGAGAACAAUAUUCUUCCUGGUUUCUCGAUAUUAAUCCACGAGGAGAAAUUCCAGUACUUAAAGUGAACAAUGAUAUCAUCCCAGAUUCAACAAGAAUCCUUGAUUAUUUGGAGGACUAUUUAGACCCUAAACUUACUCCAUUAAUUAAUGUGUCAACGGAUAGAAAGGUUUUAAAUAACAUAAACAAAUUCCGUGACCUGAUUGACGCACUACCAGCAGGUGUUAUUACUGUGGGUUCUUUCUUUCACCCUCAAUUGUGUGGCAGGCCUAAGUUGCCUUUUAUUUUGCCUGUUCGAGAAGUCCUCAAAAGUGGGGACUUAGGCAGUUCCAAAAACCUUAGAAAAUUAGCUGAAGAAAACCCAAAAGCAAGAGGCAUUCUACUGUAUAAAGCAGAAAUUCAAGACAGAAAACAUGAAAUACUUACUAGUGAAGAAGAAUAUUUAAAAGUAUUGAAUAUAGUUGACCAAGUCUUAGGACAGGUUGAGGAACAGUUGAAAGAACAAAAUGAAGAUACUUGGCUGUGCUGUGAACAAUUCAGCAUAGCGGAUGUUGAUUUGGCAAUACUUUUGCAUCGUUUGUGGGAACUAGGACUUGAAGGCAGAUUCUGGGCUCAAGGCAAACGCCCCCUAAUAGAGAGUUACUAUCAUCGUGUCCAACAAAGAGAAUCGUUUAAGAAGACUGUGCCAACUUUACCAUACCAUAUAAAGAUGAUCAUUACUUCCCAACCACCGGCAUAUGUUGGUGCUGCUGGAGCGGCAUCACUUGGCAUUGUUGUUGCAGUAUUAUAUGUUUUCAGAAAACUUCUUUGUUAAUAAUAUGGAACAAAUGAAUAUUAGAAGAAUAUUUAUACUUUAUAAAAAGAAACAGUAUUAGUAGCUUGUAUAAAAACUUUUAUUUCUUAAAUAUUUAUUUAUAACCAAUAAAUAGCUAUCAGUGUGA